CCUCCUCCACCCGCGCGGUUUUGCACUAGGGGAACUGUCCCGCCCCCUCCAUGACCCGGCCCCGCCUGACCUCGGCCCACCAAUCUCUCCUUGUUCCAGUGAUUCUGAGCCGAGACCGAGAAUCGUGAUUUUGUUGGAUCGCGUCGUGAGUGGCCGCUGCUCCUGCUUCUUGAAUCUCUUGGGGGGAUAGCGCUUGCGCCGGAAUGCGAGCUUUGGAGGAGUUGAGAGCUGUGUAGGCGCUUGUGCGAUUGGACUUUCCGAGCCGCUUCUAGGAGUUAUCUCUGAUGACAGAGAGGCCACGUCCAAGGCUGCAGUGAAUCGGUUUGCUCUUUUAUGACUACUCAGUCAUACAGGUAGGAGCUGGUAAUCGUCGGGGAAUCCACCAUUUGAGGCAUAUUAACAUAGCGAAAAGUUCUGUGGACACAGUGGAAGCUGCAUGCGGAGACAUAUGAAGCAGUUAUUACAUUCUUGAACACUACUCGGUUAGUGCCAAGUACAGAGAGGUCCACUGGGUUUGCCCAUUGCGACCACAGGGCAACAAUGUUUACCGAUGGACUCGACACAGGUGCUCUCCAAUGGGUUCGCAAGGAACAGACCAGGAAUGCAAGUCAUCCUAUCCUGGGCAGCCCUGAUGAAAGUCGUCGUGACCGCCCUCGUCCAAGUCGUUUAAUUUCGGUAAAAGGUAGAGCAUUGCCCCCUCCUCAACUGUCGCGAAUUCAUAUUCAUUCCGACCAGUCGAAGAAUCAUUCUUCUUUAGAGUGCGCUACACACAGUAUAGACGAUUUGGAGGAGAGCGUGGGAUCUAUAUCAACUGGUAACCCCAUUCAAGAUGAUUGUGAGUCUGGAGAUGAACAGGAUUCUGGUCAUUAUUCACCUAUUUCCUCACCAUCUUCAACUUCUACCAACAACCUCGGGUACUCCCAGAACGCUUCUAGUCGUAUGAAUGACUACACUCUGAAAGAAGUUAAAAGCAAUUGGAACCCCAAGAAAGGUCAGCAACUUGAUGUGGGAAACCAUGGCGAUCGACAUCCCUCUUUGUCCAGGAGGGAAAGCUUCAGUAAACUGGGUAGUUUCGGACCAGGCAGCUAUGGUCGCAAGGAAGGAAAGGAAUGGAGAGUUAGUGUAGAAGGAAAGGAAAACCUUGAUCGGUUAGACAGCUUUGCCUUGAGUGGAAUAUGUCAAGGUGAUGGAAAAACUAAGGCAGAGUACAAAACCGAAGACACACCUGCGAGUAAUGGUCCAAGUGCACCGCGGGCACAUGUCGAUGAGGGCGAUCUAACGUCUGACACUGAUCUUUCGGACUUAGCAGCGAGCCUCGUGGAACCAGACGACGGCCACGACGAAGAUAGUGCAGCGGGUUGGGAGCCAUAUCGUGCCUCCCUGGAGGGUCCUGCUGCAUUCGCUCGUCUCAGACUGAGUUCAGACUCAGGACUGGUUAGAUACGUUGAUUCUCAGGAAAAGAGCACAAAACCUGCGAAAUUAUCUGCUCCUGCACUUACUCUCUCCCCACCACGUAAGUGGCUCUCGGAGCCUGAUACGGAGGAGAAGGAUGCGAGGGUAUUGCGACGCAGUCAUUCAGAUGGCAUUAUUGGGCCACCAAGCGCACCCCCCAUGCUCGACGAGAUGGUUUUGGAACCCGCUGAGGACCUAUGUAUUCAGCAAUCCCCUACUACCCCAACGUAUUCUGCGCAUACUGCAUUCAGCUAUGAUGCGGCUGCGGUCCCGCAGAGUGCUCCAACUCGGCGUUUGGAGACCAAUAUGAGAUCUGCGUCGACAAUGGUUACUGAGAAGGCGGGUGUAUCAUGCGUACAUCCGGCAGUUUCUGCGCCCCUCGCUAAUCCAGUCUUUCUCAGCGGUCAAGCUGCAUGGCAAUCAAUGAUAGCGUACGAUGCUUGUGUGCGUUUAUGUCUGAGGGCAUGGUCACGUGGAUCCUCGGAGGCGCCUGAAUUUCUCCGAGAUGAAUGCGCUUUGCUGAGAGACUGUUUCGGACUUACACAGAUUCUACUGCAGCCUCAGGAAGAAGGCUCGAGGAAAGGAGCAAGUGGGGAUGUGGAAGUUGCCGUAGCUGCAAAGCCGAAGAUCACUAGUGGCCAAGUGAGAAUUCAAGUGAGGAAAAUUCGCAUUGUAACCAACAAGCCUGUCCACCGUGGACAUACCUCUGGUCAACGUAGUUUGGCAUACGUCAAUGCUGGCGCUCAAUAUAUGCGUCAGAUGUCUGGACUCCUGAAGGAUAAGGUCAACAGCCUGCGUCUGAAUGCUAUUAACGACUCAUCGCAAGAAAAUUUUACCUGUCUGUUGAAGUUGAAGAGCUCGCCAGAGGAAGAAUCAGCACGAGUUCAACCUGGACACACUGAUGUCAUUGUCUUGCUUCCGGAGAGUUCAGUAGAUGAGCUACUUGUGGAGAUUCACGAUUCCCACGGAAUUUUUCAGGGCCGUUUACAUAUUCCUAUUGCAACCAUUUGCAAUGACCUGAACGACAGAGUGCGCUGGUAUGGAAUAUAUGACAAUGGGGAGCACGGCUGCGUGGGGAAGAUUCAAUUAUUUCUUCAACACAAUACGGAAUCGCCUGAAUCAUCUACUAAGUGGGGUCCUGUUGGAGAGACAAGAGCUUAUGAUAUAGUGCUAGAUGUGGCAAUGCGAGUGCAACACUUUCAACGUCGUAAUUUACGGCUGCAAGGUUCCUGGGUUUGGCUGCUCGGCGAAUUUGCCCCUUGUUAUGGUGUAUCAGAAUCAUACACCAAAUUAAGAUAUUUGGCUUGCAUCAUGGAGAUUGCUACACCAACGGAGGACUGUUUGGUGCUUAUCCACGAACUUCUUGAACCCAUUAUCAAAGCUCGCGACGAGAAUUCUCUCAACCGACAAGAGAAGCGAAUUUUGGUCGAAGUUGAAGAGCAGGUACAGCAGCUUCUAUGCCUAACUUUUGAAAAUUACAAGGCUCUCGAUGAAGCUUCCACCUCUGGUCUGUCAGAGACCUUCUCACAUCCGACUGGUGCCGUAGCUCCUGCUUUAGUUCCUGCUAUGAAACUCUUCACCUUGAUGCAUGACAUCCUCAGUGUGGAGGCUCAAUGUACCUUGCGUAAUUAUUUCAAGGCUGGUGCCUGGAAGAGGUGCAGCAAGCUUAUGAUAGAAACUGACGAGUACAUGAACAGUAGCGAAGGGUUCUUGAUGGAUACACUGAGUAUGUCAACUGCUUAUCAAAAGAUGAAAACCCUAUGCCUGAGUCUAAGCAACGAAAUACGCACUGAUAUUGAGAUUCACAAUAAAGACGUUCUUCCCAGUUCAAUUGACCUUCCGAACUUAACAGCAGAGAUCUACGGUGUUGAGUUGGCUAACCGAUUACGCACAUUCUUGGUGGCUUGCCCGCCAUCAUCUCCACUACCUCCUGUGACGGAUCUCAUGCUCGCUACCGCAGAUUUUGAACGAGAUCUGAGUUCAUGGGGCAUCAGGUUACGUAUAGGAGUGGACGCGAAGGAGCUGUUCCACCUGUACGUUGUACUUUGGAUUCAAGACAAGCGCCUACAGCUUUUGGAGUUUUGCAAGUUUGAUAAAGAACGUUGCACAUUGAUAACUACACAACAUAAUACCUCUUCAUUCGUGGAAGAAGUGUACGAACGUAUCAAGGAGACGCUGAAUGAAUAUGAAGUCAUUCUUCACCGGUGGCCGGAGUAUACCUUACCCUUGGAACAUGCGAUGGCAGACGUCGAGAGGGCAGUUUUUGCCACUUUGGAGAAGCAAAACGCUGACGUGCUUGCGCCUCUAAAGGAUUUCCUUGUGCCCAAAAAAUUUGGUCUGCAGUACAUGCAGAAGCUCACUCGGCGCCAGAAACCUGUAAUAUAUAAUGCACCGGUCCAGUUAGGGGUGAUGGUGAAUAGUAUCAAGCGAUUGUUGGACACGCUGCGUCCAAAGAUUGAGACUCAAUUGAAGACUUGGGCUGCCUAUUUGCCCGAAGGUGCUGUGCAAGGUGGAGCUGUGGUUGGGGAGCGGCAUAACGAAGUUACUAUCGAGCUGCGUGCUAAAUACAAGAACUACUUACACGCACUUGUAGAAAAACUAGCAGAAAAUGCACGUCUGCAGAAUUCUACUAAAUUGAAGAGGAUACUUCAAGGCACCAGAGGAGCGGGGGGUGCAUCGGAUAUCCGUGAACGUAUGCAACCACUGACAGCUCAAUUAGAAGAAACAAUCUCACAUCUACAUGACGUGUUCACGCCACGUGUCUUUGUUGCUGUGUGCCGAGGAUAUUGGGACAGAACGGCGCGAGAUGUACUCCAGUUUCUAGAGAGCAAGAAAGCAAACAAGCUUUGGUAUAAAAGCACGACGAUUGCCCUUGGGAUUUUAGAUGAUAUCUUUGCCGCACAAAUGCAAAGACUACAAGGGCGUGCACUGGAAGAUAAAGACUUUGAGCCCCCUCGAUCUGUAGCCGAAGCCCGAUCCAUGCUCUCUCGAGAUACCCGAACUGGGGCUGACUCAUUUUACUGACCUAUGUGCAGAUGUGUAAAGAUUCAAAUGGACUUCUAGCCACUUAGUAAUCAGAUGUUUCUUUAGGCCUGUCACAGAUGAAGUAUAGCGUUACACAGGUAGUGGAAGGGAUUCUGAACUACGAGGGAGGAACCAGGGAAGCAAUGAUUGUAACCUUCUAGCCAAACGACACGAGGAGAGUACGAAGAAGGCUUAGGUAAUGCAACACCACUGAGGAUGAUGAGCUUAGAACAAACCGGCAAUCUUUCCAGUCCCUGUAAAGUGUACAACAGCUCCAGGAACAUUGUACUCGUACGCCCUCUCCACAUUGGAAGGACGAACACUUAGCAAACCAUUUUUACAUCGCGUCUCACUGAACUCA